AUGGGCUCCAAUGUUUCAUCUGUGCAUGAUGUUCCUUCACCGAUGGUUUUGGAAACCAAGAAUGGUUUGAUUGUAGAAAUCGAAUCAAGAAGACAAUGGAGAUCACUCUUUGAUUCCAUGAAAGGCUCAAAUAAAUUGCUGGUGAUUGACUUCACAGCUGGAUGGUGUGGACCUUGUAAAGCAAUGGAACCUAGAGUUAAAGAGAUCGUUUCAAGGUAUCCAGAAGCUGUUUUUGCUAAGGUUGAUGUGGAUAGACUAAUGGAUGUGGCUGGGACAUAUAGAGCUAAUACACUUCCAGCUUUUGUUUUUGUGAAGAGAGGAGAAGAGAUUGAUAGGGUUGUUGGAGCCAAACCUGAUGAGCUUGUGUACAAGAUUGAAAAGCAUAGGGUUUUGAAUGUUUAA